CACCAAUCCCAAACUAUGUUCCCGAUUGUUCCCUGGCUAUAUAAAGCUCAAUGUCCCGGUCGAUCGGCGCAGAAACCAUCGCUGGUGUGCUCCGUUCAAAAACCUCUCUUCUGUUCUUGUAUCUCCAUUUCUGUGACUCUUUAUCUAUUUGUGAUGUCAACCCCCGGAGAAGGUGAUCGGCCUGCCGUUGAUCUACCUGUGGAGGAGUCGAAGCCAGUGACCAAGGAGAAGAAACCCAAGGUUCCAAAAGAGAAGAAGCCCAAGCAGGCGAAAACGGUUUCUCAUCCUCCGUAUUUUCAGAUGAUUAAGGAAGCUUUAUUGGCUCUGAAUGAGAAGGCUGGUUCCAGCCCCUAUGCCAUAGCCAAGUAUAUGGAGGAAAAGCAUAAGUCGGUUCUUCCCGCGAAUUUCAGGAAGAUCUUGGCUCUUCAGCUGAAGAACCAAGCAACGAGAGGGAAGCUCGUCAAGAUCAAGGCUUCCUACAAACUAUCCUCUGAGGCUGGCAAGAGGGACAGGGAAAUCAUCGGCAAGGUCACAAGGUCUUCCACUGCACAGCAGACUCAGCGCUCUAAGCGAAGCGUGGCUAAGAAAACAGAGACAGGUAAGAAGCCUAGAAAGGCGGCGAGGAAAAUGGUUGGGAUGAAGAAAACGAAGAAAUCAUCCAACCCUGCGAAGCCGAAGCAGCUCAAGUCUCUAGAUCUUCAUCCAAGAGGGCCAGGAAUGUUACUGCCUCAGCUUCUUGAAGUCUCUGGUCGAAGUAGAGGCAGAACUUGUCAGUGAGGAGCAGCUCUGUAACAUGUGUGAAUAGAAUAAGCUUUUGGAGUUGAGAUAGUGAAGAAUGUUGCAGUCUAGGUUGAAACAGAACUUUCUAAGUUUUAUUGACAAGCGAGUGUGAUGUUUCAUGUGUAGCUGGGUUAGUCGAUCAAUAAAUAACAGAUUUGGGUAUAAGCUAAACGGUCAGUGAGAUUAAAAGAAAAUCUUUCUGCAAUAUGUAACGAUUUCCAUUCCUCAUCACGGUCAUAGUUUUGAGCUUUGACUGAAGGAUUGAAGUCUACUGGUAGCGUUAAUUGUAGUGUCUUCCUGUGUCUUCUUUUUAA